UGUGUCCUCAUAACAAAAGUUUCUACACUGGUCCGCCAUUGAAAUUUUUAUCCCCAAAUCCUAAUUCCUUCUCCCAUUUAAGUAAAAACCCUAAUCAACAUUAAUCCAGAUCUAAACCCUUAAUCAUCACAGAUUAAUCUCUUUGAUAUUCUCUAACACCAGAGAGAGACAAAAAGGAGGAAAUGGCAACUCCAAUGCCACCAGGGCUACCAAGGCAACCCCCACCCUCGACUCACAAUCCAAAUUUCCAGCAAAGCCCGGAUUCUUUAUCAGAUAAUUUGCAGAAGUUGAAUAUCAAUAAGCCUACUCUUCCCCCAUUUAUAAGAUCACCACCGCCCCCCUCCACCUCAGCUCCUUCACCACCAAUUUCCCGCCCUGGUGCACCACCCCCAGGGGUGGUUCCCAGACCCAAUGUGCCUCCAAAUGUGGGUUCAGUUAUACCCUUUGGGGCACCUGGUGGACAGCCUUUGCCUUUUGGAACUAGAUCACCUCCAGGGUCUUUACCUUCUUCAAAGGGGGGUGGUCCAGUCAUCAGUCCAGGUGGUUCAAAUGCAUCCCAAUUGAUUGCUCCACCGAGUGCUUUUGUAACUCCUUCAAGUGCAUGGGGUGGUUCAAUUAGAAAUGGUCCACCAGUUGGGGUGCCUCCACCAAUGACGGGAACAGUUAUGUCUCCUGGUCAGGCUCCUAACAUGGGGUCUUUUCUUGGGAGCCCUCAGGGUAGUUAUCCACCAGGUCCUCAUAUGCAAUCGGCUUCGCCAUUUUCAGCACCAUUGGCUGCUCCUUUUGGGACACAGACAUGGUCACCAGGGCAGGUGGCCCCGCCUACUGCAGCAUCUGAUGCUUUUCAACCACCUAGAGUGUUCGGAAUGCCACCUCUGCAACCAAACCAAUUAUCCCCUGCCAUUGAUCAAACAGGGACUAGUUUGGAAGGCUCGUGGAAGUCUAACUCAGAUCAAGUCCCAAGGCCAAGUCCAAGUUCCUCAACAAUUCUGCACGAUACUCGUCAAGGCAAUCAGGCCAAUCCUCCUCCGCCUGCUACUAGUGAUUACAUUGUCAGAGACACUGGAAACUGCAGUCCACGCCAUAUGAGAUGCACAAUCCAUCAGAUUCCUUGCACUGCUGACCUUUUAACAAAUUGUGGCAUGCAAUUAGCAUUAUUGGUUCAGCCUUUGGCCCUUCCUCACCCAUCUGAGGAGCCCAUUCCGGUUGUGGAUUUUGGAGAAAAUGGUCCAAUUCGAUGCUCUCGUUGCAAAGGCUACAUCAACCCUUUCAUGAAGUUCAUCGAUCAUGGCAGGCGGUUCAUUUGCAACUUUUGCGGGUUUUUUGAUAAUACUCCGCCUGAGUAUCAAUGCAAUCUAGGUCCAGAUGGUAGGCGUAGAGAUGCUGAUGUGAGGCCUGAGCUAUGUAAAGGAACUAUUGAAUUUGUUGCUACAAAGGAAUAUAUGAUGCGAGAUCCAAUGCCUGCCGUGUAUUUCUUCCUCAUUGAUGUUUCCAUGAAUGCAAUACAGACUGGUGCAACUGCUGCAGCAUGUGCUGCAAUCAACCAAGUCAUUGCUGAUCUUCCACAGGAAGGUGCUCGGACAAUGGUGGGAAUUGCAACAUUUGACUCAACUAUCCAUUUUUAUAAUUUGAAACGUGCACUGCAGCAGCCAUUGAUGCUGAUUGUUCCAGAUGUCCAGGAUGUUUAUAUUCCUCUAGAAACUGAUAUCAUUGUUCAGCUUUCGGAGAGCCGUCAACAUAUAGAGCAACUGCUGGAAAGCAUUCCAACCAUGUUUCUGGACAACAGAACUGCUGAGUCAGCUUUUGUUGCGGCAGUCAAGGCUGCUUUCUUGGCAAUUAAGAGUACUGGAGGGAAACUUUUGGUAUUUCAAUCAGUCCUACCAUCAGUUGGCAUGUUAGCACUUUCUGCACGAGAUGCUGAAGGAAGAAGUAACACCUCUGCAGGAGAAAAGGAGGUUCAUAAACUACUCCAACCAGCAGACAAAACUUUAAAGACAAUGGCAAAUGAAUUUGCAGAGUGCCAGGUCUGCGUGGAUGUAUUUAUCACUACCCAGACUUAUGUAGACAUUGCUUCCAUCUCUCUCAUCCCAGGAACUACAGGAGGGCAGGUUUAUUACUAUUACCCUUUCUCAUCCGUUUCUGAUCCAGCAAAACUUUACAAUGAUCUUAGAUGGAAUAUUACAAGGCCCCAAGGUUUUGAAGCCGUGAUGCGUGUGAGAUGCAGCCAGGGCAUUGAAGUGAAAGAAUACCAUGGAAACUUUUGCAAACGUGUUCCAACAGAUGUCGACCUACCUGGGAUUGACUCUGACAAAACUAUAAUGGUAACUUUAAAACAUGAUGAUAAACUGCAGGAUGGGUCAGAGUGCACUUUUCAGUGUGCUCUUCUUUAUACCACUGCGUACGGCCAAAGAAGAAUCCGGGUUUCAACUUUGUCUUUGCCAUGCACAAGCAGCUUAACUAACUUGUUCCGAGCAGCUGACUUAGAUGCACAAUUUGUAUGUUCUUUGAAGCAAGUGGCAAACAAAAUUCCUUCUACUCCACUCUUGCAAAUACGGGAACAAGUGACAAAUAUCUGCAUCAAUAAUUUGCUUGCAUACCGUAAAUUUUGUACCACAUCAACAUCAUCAGGACAGUUUGUUCUUCCUGAAGCACUGAAGCUUUUGCCUUUAUACACUCUUGCACUAACCAAAAGUACUGGAUUGCGCAUUGAUGGGAGAAUAGAUGAUCGGUCUUUUUGGAUCAAUAUUGUAUCCCACAUUUCUAUUCCUUCAGCAGUUAGCCUAGUGCUCCCACGGAUGAUUGCUGUUCAUAACCUUGAUCUGGAGGAGGAGGGAGGAUCUGUUAUUCCUCCAGUACUUCCUCUUUCAAGUGAAUAUGUGAGUGAGGAUGGCAUUUAUCUUCUUGAAAAUGGUGUUGAUGGCUUAAUAUACAUAGGUAGUUUGGUGGAUUCAGUAAUAUUGCAACAACUAUUUGGCAUUUCUUCAGUUGAUGAAACACCUACCCAGUUUGUAUUGCAGCAAUAUGAUAAUUCAUUAUCAAAGAAGUUAAAUCGUGUUAUAAAUGAGAUACGGCGCCAAUGGUGCUCCUACCUCAGAUUGACUUUGUGCAAAAAAGGAGAUCCAUCAGGAAUGUUGUUCUUCUCAUAUUUAAUUGAAGACCCGAAUCCGAAGGGCGGUCAAUCCUAUUCUGAGUUUUUGGUAUAUCUGCAUCGGAAAAUUCAAUCAAAAAUGUCUUGAUUAUUCAUUUGGGUUACAAAUUCAGUUAACAUGCAAGGCCAGGAUGGAACUCAAACUGACCAGGGAGAAGAAAAAAAGGACUCUUGCUGAACUUACAUGUGUUAUGGAAUCAGCGCUAUUGUCUAUUUACUGAAAGAAAGAUGGGCCUGGUUUUUAUGAGGAAAGGCUUUUUGCUUGAGAAAGGUUAAUGUUUGGUGACAGAAACUAAGUGCAACAUUAAAUUGGGCUAGACCUAUUUCUUGCCCUUUUCCCUCAAACCCCAAUUUUCUCCUUACUCUUGUUUAGUGGACGAAUCAUCCAACAAGGACAAAAGAAGUUAAAUCAUUGGUGCAAA